AUGACGUCGUUUUACAGCGCGAAGAUCUGGCAAGAGGGCAAACGAGGUCCACCGCCCAUCUUCGCCUCCAUUGGGGUGCGGCAUCCCUUCCAGAUCCAAUUGGACAUUGCCCUCCGGGAGCAGGAGACCUUGCCAAGUCUCUUUGACUUGAUCGGGCAGGAAAUCGAGCAUUUCGAUGCAGGCAAUACGGUGAUCGCUGUGGCGCAGAUCCCAAAAGUGUCACAGGACCAGAGUCUAGAAGUCUUCCGUGAGAAUCGAGCCUGGCAGGAGCUGCAGCGUCGCAUGCACAGCUCGGUGGCCCGUUUGGAGCCGCGAGGAUUGUCCAUGCUGGCCUAUGCAUUGGCACGAAUGAAGGGCUUCGAGGACCCAGUGCUGUUGACGGCGGUGCUCGACCGCUCCGUCACGAAGAUGCCGGACUUUGGGCCGACCGACGCAGCGAAGCUGCUCUGCAAGUCAAGGUUGCAAAUCCGCGAGCGAAGUGACUUGUGGGUGGCCCUUUCCAAGGAGGCUGCUCGAAAGAUUUGUGACUCGGGGCGCUUCAUCGACAUCUCCAUGACCGCGUGGGCCUUCGCGAAGGCCGGACAGGCGGAGCGGAUUUUGUUCGGACAGCUGGCCUCGGCCGCCCUGCAGUGUAACGACCUGCCCCCGCACACGAUUGCCAACCUUUGCUGGGCCUUUGCAAAGUCAAAGAACAGCAACAAAGACCUUUUUGAUAUGUUGGCCAAGCGCUCCAUCGAGGCGCACCGCUCCUUUGAUCGACAAAGCGUAUCAAAUUUGGUUUGGGCCUUUGCCACUUUGGAUGUUUGCCACGAAGAGCUCUUCGCCGUCUUCGCGAACUAUACCAUCGAUAGCGGGCUUUGGCGGCAGUUUUCCCCACAGAUGGCUUCCAACAUGUUGUGGGCCUAUGGGAAGGUCGGGAUUGCUCACAUGCGGCUGUUCGACACCUUUGCCGAAUACGUAGCACUGAACAUUGAGUCCUUCGACAAUCAGAACCUCGCCAACUCUGCAUGGGCCUAUGCCACCACACAGCUUCCCAGCCAGCAGGUCUUCGAUGUGUUGACCAAGCGCGCCUGUGGUCGCUUGAGCACUUUCCGGCUUGAUGAGCUCUGUGGGAUCAUGUGGGCCUAUGUCCGUGCGAAGCCUGAGUCAGUGGCUUUCAGCCAUAUCUUCGAGGAGUCCGUGCAGCUGCUCCUGCCCAGAGUCCAGUCAUUAGACUCUCAAAGCGUCGCGAAUGUGAUUUGGAUCCUUGCCACCUGUCAGCAGCUACGACAGCAAGCUGUGCCACAGGCACGCGAGCUGGUCGAUAGCUUGAUGGUGGCCCUCCUGGAUCUCCGGAUCCGACUGGACUCGGAGGGCGCCGCGCAAGUGGUGUGGUCGCUCUGGCGCAUGGGUCGCUUUCAUGAUGCGUGGAUUCUCUUUGUUCGAACCCUGAGUGAUGGCCGUCACCCGGAGCACGGCAAAACCGGCUACACCAAGAAGCAUGCCGUAGAUGGACGGCAGCGCUACUAUCAGACCCUCCUGAUGGAAACCGAGAAGCGCGGCGAUGUCCAGAAGCAGGUGUUCCUUUGGAAGCAGAUGGCAGCGGACUUCUUCUCACGCAACUUGCGGACCGCCUGUUUGAACUGUGCCGUCAUGGCCUACUUGAAUGGAGGAGAUCAGGACGGUGCACGGGAGAUGCUCCGGCAAAUGGUGCGUACGAAGCUCUUCAACCAGGUGACGGGCUCCUUGGCAGCUCGCAUGGGCAUUCGCAAUCUCGAGGCGGAGCUGGAGCCUGCUGAGAUCCUCGACAUCACCAUCCGACGGCGGCCCAACUGCCAGUCGCGCUACGAAGACUUUCACUACAAGGAGGCGAGCGUCCUAGAGACCGUGGUACGUGAGGCUCGGGCAGGCGACGUGACCAGUGUCCAUGCGGCCAUUGAGAAUGUGGGGCUCAAAGAGGUGUGGCUGAAGAUUGCCGGGGGUGAGAAGGCCUGUGUCAUCGACAAUGUCAUUGCGAAGCAACGGCCAAAGCUGAUCUUGGAGUUUGGCACCUAUGUCGGCUAUACGUCCACGCGCAUGGCUUUGCAAGUGGACGCCUGGGGUGGCAAGGUGGUGACCAUGGAGAUGGAUCCGGUGAACGUGACCUCGUUGAAGGAGGUGGAGGCCCGGAACCACAUCGAGAUGGCUGGCUUGUCUCACGCCGUGAUGGUCCAAUUGGGCCACUCCGACGACGCGGUGCAGAUGGUCUUGGAGAAGUUCGGCGCGCACUCGGUGGACAUGGUGUUCAUGGAUCAACGUGGCACUGCCUUUCAUGACGAUCUCAAGACUUUGGAACGCUUAAAUUUGAUGGCCGAGAAUGCCGUGGUCAUCGCGGACAACGUCUUGAAGCCCGGCGCCCCUUACCACGUUUGGCGGAUAUCCACUUUGCCGCACUACGCCACCGACAUCAUUGAUUUGAGGGAGUUUGGAUCCGCCCCUGUGGAGGACUGGAUGACGGUGAGCUGGGUCCGCUUUGGGCCCAGCUAUGGUCAACUGCCCCAGGAGGUGCGACAGCUCAAUGAGCUGGCCAGGGAGUCGGACCGCUUCAGGCUCAAGGCCAUGGCGACCUCCAUGAAGGACUUGGUGGGGGAUCCAUUGGAUGACUUCGCCAAGAAGUUCACGGAUGAGUUCAUCCAGCUGGGCAUCCGGACCUCCAUGUAUGUCCGCACAGACAUCAUCGACGGCUGCGCCGUGUCCCGGUUGGUGCGCCUGGGUGCCGGAGAAAGCCCCCCCGUCUGGGCCGGAGAGGACCCACGGGACGAGAUUCAGGGUGGACAAUGGCGUGGUGUGGUGGGAGGGGUGCAGUUUGCUGGCGAAGCACUUGCACCAGGCGGAGGCUACAUGCGUGAGCCUCCCUCCAGGAUGACCAUCGCGCCCGGUGGGUGA